UAUUUUUUGGCACCGAAGCUUUGUAAUCAACACAGUUUUCUCAGCAAUUUUGACUAACACGGAAGGCAAAAAAAAUUCUAAAGAAAAAUUCAUCUUGAAGAAAAUUCUACUGUCUGGGGAAAUUUAAAAGAAUUUAUUUAUUUUUUUGUUCAAACACCCACACCGUGUGGGAGUGACGAAGUUUUGUGAGACGUCCAUGUGCGGGUAGAGGUGUGGGGGAGUGAAAGUGAAGUAGCUGUGCGCCAGAUUGACUGUGUGUAUAUGUAAUUCAAUGUGGUUAAUUGCGAUAUUGUUUGCCAUCGUUGAGGGUGUCAGGGGAUCCUUGCUCGGGGAGGAUGCUCUGCCCAAGGUGGAUGGGAAAGAUGAAACAGAGCCAGGAAAUGUACCCAGUGAUAUUGACUUGGACCUACCAGACGGUGCAACAUUAAUUAAGCUCCAUGGAGCAUUCAUGGUUGUUGCCUGGAUGGGGACAACAUCAAUGGGUAUUUUGAUUGCCAGAUACUUCAAACGAACAUGGGUGAACCAACAAUUUUUCGGCACAGAUGCGUGGUUCUUCUGGCAUCGUGCUUGCAUGCUCUUCACGUGGACCUUCACCCUGAUCGCCUUCAUUAUGAUCUUCAUUGACGUAGACGGAUGGUCCUACGAUGAGGCUCCCCAUGCUAUUUUGGGUACCAUCACCACCAUUGUUUGCUUCUUCCACCCCAUUCUUGCCAUGCUACGUCCCGGUGUGGGUGACGAAAAGAGAAAAUACUUCAACUGGGGACACUGGUUCGGUGGAAAUCUCGCUCACAUCCUUGCCACGGUGACCAUUUUCUUAUCGAUCACCGUGAAAAAAGCUCAACUGCCCUCCUGGCUCUAUUCCAUCUUAUCGCUGUCCGUCUUGGCGUACGUCAUAGCUCAUAUAUACUUCAAUGUUCUACUUCGCAAAGCUCAACACCACGGCGCUUAUGGAAAUCGCAAUAUUGACGCUCCAUAUUCGACUUGGCGCAAAAGAGGACUCCUCAUCUAUUGCCUUGUAACUUUGUGCAUUGUCAUCGCUGUGGUCACCAUCAUCAUUCUUGCUCCAAUUGGAGAAAGCAACGGAGGGACUCCUGUGAGUGAAUGACUGAAUAAUGAAUUUUAAAUUUAGAGAAUGCAAUUUAUUUUUAAAAAAAAUAUAUAAUUUUAAGAAAAUAGGGGAGGCAUAAGGAGUGAAUGUAAAGCAAUGACAUAUUUUUCAAAAUUUUCUUAAGAGGUGAAAGAAAACAUUCUAUUUUUAUUUAGAAAGUGCGGAAAAAUUGACAAAAGUAUGAAAAUUCAUUAAAAAAGAAUAAUAUAAUUUUUUUUUGCUGAAUGGAUUUUUAAUAAAUUUUAUUAUAUGCAGAUGAAAAAAAAAUUUCAUA